UCUGCCGAAGGCCGCCGCGGGCCCGGGAUCCACUGCCGCCGCGGAGCUCGCCUGAGGAGCGGCGCGGCCGAUGGAGGCGCCUCGGCGGCGGGGCGAUGCUGUCGCUGGGGCUGCUGUGGCGGGCGCUCACUCGCGCCGGAGGCGGAGGCGGCAGCAGCAGCAGCAGCAGCGGAGGCGGCCCGGGCCGUGAGGACGCGGGCGCCGCCGCCGCCGCCAUGGCGCAGGACCGGGCGCUGGAGGUGUACGAUCUCAUCCGGACGAUCCGCGACCCGGAGAAGCCCAACACGCUGGAGGAGCUGGACGUGGUCACGGAGAGCUGCGUGGAGGUGCAGGAAACGGGCCAGGACGAGUGGCUGGUGACCCUCCGGUUCACGCCCACGGUGCCCCACUGCUCUUUGGCCACGCUCAUCGGGCUGUGUUUGAGGAUCAAACUUCAGAGAUGUUUACCUUUUAAGCACAAGCUGGAAAUCUACAUAUCGGAGGGCGCGCAUUCCACUGAGGAGGACAUUAACAAGCAAAUCAAUGACAAAGAGAGAGUAGCAGCUGCCAUGGAGAAUCCUAACUUGCGGGAGAUUGUGGAACAGUGUGUUCUGGAACCAGACUAGCUGCCGUGACAGCCAUUGACCCGGGACUUAUCUGGCACAUUUGUAUUAAAGUCUUUGUAAAAAUAUGGAGGCCUUGGAUUUAAUACUGGAAGGACCUUUGUAUCGCCUGCGUAUUUUUAAAUAAACAUUUUAUAAAAAUGCAUUUAAGUACAGAGGGAGUGAACAAUGUAUAGAUCAACCGGUAAAGGAAUGUGAAAAGUAAUCUUCAUUGAAAAUUGAUUUUAUAAAAUAAUUCUGAACCAGUCUGUUGCCCUCCCAUGAAUAUGUAUUGUAAUUUUAAAAAUCUGAUUUUGAAUUAUUUUUCCCACUUUGAAGUGGUAGAGUGUAUUUGAAUAGUUUCUGUGUGGAAGAUGAAUAAAAUACAGAGUUCUUGAAA